GAAAUUAGUUUUAAAUCCUUAUACCUUAGCACCCUUGACGACAGUCUACAGUAGUUUCAUGCAUGACAUUUAUGUUGUUAUUUUGUUGUUGUUUACAAAGUUUUUGCAAAUUGAACUAGACGCGGCAUUUUGGGCAUGAUGAGGUUUGAUACAAGCUGCUGAAGGACCAAUAAUGGGUAAUAACGAUGACCAUAUUACAAGUAUAGGAAGCUUUAGGGAAUGCCCUCGGUGUGUUCAUAAUGUUAUGCGAUUUCGCCAUAAAGCUGUGGGAAGUAUAAGCCUAAGAAAAAUUAUUUGUGACCAUUGCCUUACUGCAUACUUGUUUCGUAAGAGAAUUAAGGGAAAUUAUUCAUAUAAACCAAAUUAUCCACGGAAAUAUUCAACUCUUAAAAAAAAGAAUAGUAAAGAGACUGUUACAAUUUGGCUUUCAAAAAUGAUUGAAUUAUUGGAAAGCAAUUUAGUUUUGUAUAAAUCCGCUGACAUGUCUAAAACAUUUAUUCAUAAAAUGAAAUUAUGUCUAGACAUCGUUCAAAAACGUUCAGAGCAAUCUACCAUAGAGCCGAUAGUAAAGGAAUUAAUUGAUGGUAUGAAAAAACAACGCGAUAGAACUUCUGUAGCCAAUCAGAAUGGAAAACUGACACCUUCUAUCGAUUAUAAGAGUGAUAGUAUUCCUAGGAUAGAUACAGCUGCAUAUCAACAUGAAUAUCGUAAAGGUUUUGAAAAUGAUAAUAACUAUAUUAUUGCUGAUGAGAUGCCUUUAAGUAUGCCUGCUGAUGCAGUAAAGGAAUUAAUUUAUGAUAUAAAAAAUGACCGUUAUGGAAUAUCUUUGUCUUACCAACAUGAACAAAAUACUCUGAUCAACGAUGACGAGGAAUAUGUUAUUCCUAAAAGAUUAUAUACUGAAAAAAGUGCUGACAUAAGUGAGUCUAUCUAUAAUAUGAAUAAAGAACGAGAUACGACAUCUGCGCCUAAUCAACAUGAAAACUUCGGAACUUUUAGGGGUUAUAACAGUCAUAAAACUCUUGAUAGAAUAUCUACCACUGAAAAAAAGCCCACGAUAUCGUAUGAUGAUUCUCUUGUAUCAUUAGAGAACUUUAAUAAUGACGCAACUACCAGUAAAUUAAAUUCUCUAAAUGAUCUUAAACGUAAAAAUUACAAACAACCUUUUGGAACAUAUGAAAAUAAAAGGUUGUCUCUAUUAAGACGGCCUCAAUCAAUUUUAAAAGCCAAAUCUAAUGACAAAGGUAAUGAAGAUAUACAUAAUGAAUUGCGUGGUCACUUUUCUGAAGAAUCCGUUUCUAAGUCUGUUUUUGAUGUAACAGAAAAAAACCUAGAAAAUCAUCUAGGCUAUUUUUUUCCAAAAACUCAAGGAAAGAUACAAAUUUCUAAACGACAUAAAAGUUCAUCUGAAAUCAUAAAAGAAACUAAUGAUAUGAUAAUUGCUCGAAAUAUUGAAGAAAAUCGUAGGAUAGAAGAAUCAAGGCUAAGAAAAAUAAAGAAUGACCAAGAGAAACGCAUAUUAAAAGCGAAUAAAAACAUCGUCGAAAAUGAAAGAAAAGACAAUAAUAUGUCACACGAUGUAAAGUUAUCCGUAACUUCUUUUAAAAAAAGGAAGGAAAAAGAUGAAAAGAAGAUGUUAGACUCUACUCUGCCGAUAAAUGUGAAAGAAACAGCUAAAGCAGCAUCUAAAGACGAACCACAUUUAAUCAAGGAAAAAACAAAAAAAGGCGAAGGUGAUUUAUUUAAAAUGAAUGGAGAAGAAAAAGCAGAUCAGUUGAAAAGGGAAAAAUAUGAAAAGGAUAAGCUUAAAUUACAAAAAGCGGAGCAAUUGCAAAGAGAAAAAGAAGAAAAAGAAAAACUCAAAAUUAAGAAAGCAGAUGAUUUGAAAAGGGAAAAGGAAGAAAAAAAUAAACAAAAAAUACAAAAAGCAGAGCAGUUGAAAAAGGAAAAGGAUGAAAAAGAUAAUCUAGCAAUAGAGAAAGCGGAUAAAUUGAAAAGAGAAAGGGAAGUAAAAGAAAAACCAAUAAUUGAGAAAACAGAUCACUUGAAAAGAGGGAAGGGCGAAGAAGAAAAUGUAAAAAAAGACAGUAAAAAUCAAGCGAUUAAUCGCGUUAUUAAUAAAAAGGAAGAAUUAGAUAAACUCAAAACGGAAAAUGAUGAUAAAGAUAAGCAAAAGAAAGGAAAGGUCGGUACUUCAAAAAAAGAGGAACAAGAUGAUGUUAAUUAUCAAAGUCUAAUUUCUGAUCAAUUGAAAAAUAAAAAGGAAGAAGAAUGGACAAAAAGAAAAAAUGAUGAUUUAAAGCCAGCAGACGCGGUGAAAGAGGAAAAGCAUGAAACCAAACUAAAAGCCGAUAAGGAUAAUAAAGUCGACGAUAAAAUUGAUAAAAAAAAAGAAAUCAAACCUAAAAAUAUAACAAAGGAAGACAAAAAUAUACCAAAUAAAGAAUUAGAUAUAAAUAAAAUUCAACUAAUGAAAGAUUCUCAAGAUGAUCUCAUAUUACAACUUGUUAAGCUAAAAGGUUCAUCAGCUGGACCGCGAGUUAAAACUAAUCCCUUAUCGGAUGUCAAGUUAAAGAAAGCUGCAGUAAUUCAUCAAGGUCAUACAGGUACAAAAAGUGUUGGCUGCAAAAUAUGUGCUGAUUCCGAAUUAGAACUAGAUAUCCAGGAUAUAAUGUAUAAGCAAUUACCGACCCAGAAAAAAGAAAUUAUUUUCGGGAAAAAAAUUGUUGAAGGUGUUAUUCCAACUUUACACUUGGAAAGUGAAAAAGGUUCAGUAGAACCGAUGUUUUUUAAAACUGUAUAUGAUGAAGACGUCGCGCCUAUAUCUGUUAAAUUUGAAGAAAACGUAAAAAAUGAUGUUCAAGUAGGUGGAACUAAGUCUCUGACAGCAAACUUGAUCGGACGUGUACAAAUGCGAGGAAAAAUGAAUCCAUCUGUAACCUUUUUAAUAUCAAAAGAUUCUUAA